AUGAGAGAGUUUACUACUAAAGAAUUGAAUUUAUUUGGGUCAUUUAGAUACGGCUUCAAUGAUUACAAGACUAGUGUAGCUAUUUUGGAUGAAAACCAUAGAAAUGGUAAAGAAAACGCGGCUAUUGACUUUGAAAGCUUGAUAGCCCAUAGAUUUAAAUUCGAUGAAGCUAUCGAUGCCUAUGACCUUAUUAAAGGAGGAAAUAACUGUCACAAAUGUAUCAUCAGUGGUCCAGAAUAG